AUGAGGAACGAUGUGCAGAAGGUCCAGGGAGGAGUACCGCGGAACGGGAAGGGGGCCGGGUUCUUUACCCGCCGUGCUAUAUCCAACUAUCUGAAGAUUGUCUCGUCGGGGGCGUCCAACGUUGCGUCUACGGUCCGAUCAGCGGGGGCGUCCGUCGCCUCUUCUAUUGUCGAGAGGGAGGAUGACGCUGGGUGUGAUCAGGUAUGCCUGUGAUCUUCCGGAGUUAUCGACCAGCAAUGCGUCAAAGUUUGUGCACAUUACUCUUUGAUACAGGGAGACCCACGGACUCGUUUGUGACGCCAAGAAAAAUUUCUGAUAGCCCUCUCUGGAAAUCCGAAACCAUUUAUUAUAUUUUUCUUGUUACUAUAGUUUUCGUUCACAUUUAUUUUCCUGGAUUGAGGUCGUGGAUUACAUUGUGUUAAAGUCUCAUACUGAGUGGGAUGUUACAUUUAUUGAACGACUGGAUUUUUAUUUACUCCUCUUGGCGUGUGAGCCUUGAUUUAUGUCGAACAGAGCAUAUUAUCAAAUAUUCUAACGAAGAUUACAGUAGCCUCGCACACAUCACUUCACAGUAUACUGGCUGGAUGCUCUAGAGACCACUCUGAGUGAUGCUUUCGAGAAUCCGGCAGGAAGAACAAUGCAAUAGUUUUAGUAUGUUCUGGUCUUGGAAAUUGGAGGCACUCAUGUCGACAAGUCUUUAGCUUUCCUGUUGCAAUCUCCUGUUCUAACUGUUCUUGUAGUUCUAAAGAGAAACACGCUGAUUAAGGCCGUGUGGAUGAAUAUGGAGCACGAUUGGGCGCUUGGCCUGCACCAUGUAAAAGCUUUGGGAGUUCAUUGGAUUGACAACGGUGGCUAGAUACUUAUGGCUUGUUAGUUGACUCCAGUAAGAACUGUCCCAAACGCUCACCGGUGUUCAAAGAUGUACAAAUCAAUGUUAGCAAGAACCAUAUUCGACCCAGAUGCUGAACUAAUUUUCUUCAGAUUUGAAAUGUAAACUAUGUUUAUCAUGUCUCUCUCUGGCUCUGACGCGGGCUCCCUCAGAAUUUAAAUUCUUGUGACUUCUGUAUAACUUUGGGAUGACAUGGUAUUAAAUUUUCCAAGAGUAAGAGGUAGUUAUGCAGAAAAACCCUGUCAGGGGUUUCUCUUUCUAGGUUUCUUCGUUCUUUCCUGUGUUAAAUAUGUUUCUUUCAAAGAUGUCUAUUAGAUUUAAGCCACCUUUUAUUGUCUUUGGAUCUGAAACUUGAUAAACUGGUUGUUCCCUCAACGUAGUAUUUACAACAUGUAAUUGAUUCGUGAGCAGACGUUCACUGAUAGAUUUUAAGUUUAUUUUGCUAUCAGAACGAUGUUCUUUUUAGUACGAUACUCAUCCUAGUUUUGCAUUCAGGUUCAUUGGGCUGGGUUUGACAAGUUAGAAUUUGGGGACGGCUUACCUCGGCGAGUUUUACUGCUGGGUUAUAGAUCAGGAUUCCAGGUUUGGGACGUUGAAGAGUCAGAUGAUGUGCGGCAGUUGGUAUCUAGACACGAUGGUCCUGUUUCAUUUUUGCAAAUGAUGAGAAGGCCAUUGUCAUCCAAUUCAUCUGAGGAUCGGUUUGCCGAUGCUCGACCCUUGCUUGCAAUUGCUGGGGAUGGAUUUUUUUCUGGAGGCAGCAAUUCCUUUGAUGGAGCUACUGGCAAUGGGCACAUGGGUAACUGCCCAGAGGUGGCAAACGAGAAUUUUAUUCCUACUACUAUUCACUUUUAUUCCAUAAAGACCCAUGCUUAUGUACAUGUUUUGAAAUUUAGAUCAGCCAUUUACACAAUAAGAUCAGGUCCACGAGUUGUAGCUGUUUCUCAAGCCAAUCAGGUUAGCAUGCGCUUGUACUUACUUUGAGAAACUUAUCUUUUCUGUUUACCUGAAUCAGCAUUUUAAAGCAACGAUGCAUGUCGCAGAUACAUUGUUUUGAUGCAGCAACCCUGGAGAGGGAAUACACAAUUCUUACAUACCCAAUGGUUUCGGAAUCUUUUGGUUCUGGAGGUAUAGGCUAUGGACCACUUGCGGUGGGCCCCAGGUGGUUGGCCUAUAGUGGAAGUCCCGUUGUUGUAUCAAAUUCUGGCCGUGUCAGUCCGGAACAUCUUACUCCUACUACAGUUUUAUCAACAUCUCCUAAUGGGAGUCUGGUUGCACAUUAUGCAAUGGAAUCUAGUAAGCAACUUGCUGCUGGUUUCAUGACACUUGGAGAUAUUGGAUACAAGAAGCUAUCCAAGUACUGCUCCGAUUUCCUUCCUGAUGGAAGUGGCCUUAGACAAGGGAGCUCUAGUUUGAGAAAAAAUGGCAUAGUUAAUGUACAUUUGCCUGAUGCAGAAAAUGCCGGAAUGGUAUGUUCUACUUCUGAGAUACUUCAUCUUGAUGUCCAAACUUUGGCGUGAUUAUCCAUCAAAGUUUUAAAACCUUCCUUCAGGAAUUGUAUUUCAGUUGACAGGUUUUUUUUUUUUUUCAACGUAUGCAGGUUAUAGUCCGAGAUCUCGUUUCGAAAACCGUCGUCGUGCAGUUUAGAGCACACAAAAGCCCAAUUUCAGCAUUAUCCUUUGAUCCUACUGGGAUCCUGUUGGUGACUGCUUCUGUUCAUGGCCAUAACAUCAACGUUUUUCGUGUUAUGCCAUCUGCCUCUGGUAGUAGAUCUAGAUCCGAUGCUUGUGGGUCAUAUACACAUCUUUACAGACUCCAGCGUGGCUUCACAAAUGCGGUAGUACUCUCUGGAAUUUAUUUUUUCUCUUUAUCCGUAGAUAUCAUUUCGGCAUCUUAUCACCAUGAAGUUACGUCAUUGCGUUCUUACUCGUUCCUCUUUAUGGUAGGUUAUUCAAGACAUCAGCUUCAGCGAUGACAGCCAGUGGAUUAUGAUCAGUUCUUCUCGUGGAACCAGUCAUCUGUUUUCGAUAUCAUCAGGAAGUACCACUAAUCCGUAUUCAAAUGAUGCUGCCGUUAUCAAUAGUAAUAAUGGAUUAGAUGGGUCUGGUAGAGGAGCAGGCCGCUGGCCAACAAGCUCUCCUUUGUCAAAGCCCAAUCAGCACGUGCUUCUUUCUCCUGGUCCACCAGUAACAAUGUCGGCUGUAAGCAGAAUAAGGAAUGGAAGUAAUGGGUGGAAAGGUGCUGUAAGUGGUGCAGCGGCUGCUGCUACUGGCAGGGUCAGUCCACUCAGUGGAGCUGUUGCUUCAGCUUUCCACAACUGUAAUGGCACUGGUUCCCACCAAGAUGUAAGUUUAUUCGGAACAAAGUAUCAUUUAUUGGUGUUUUCUCCUUCUGGUUGUGUGAUACAGUAUGUUUUACGUCCUUUGACCGGGGCAGAUUCUGUGACUGAUAUCUCUGGUUUAAACACCAUCUUUAACGAGUCUCCUCAUGGUUCUGAUCCAAGUUUAGUCGUUGAGGCAAUUCAAAAAUGGGAUAUCUGUCAUAAGAAAAAGAGAAGAGAUCAAGCAGAGAACAUCGACAUAUAUGGUGAGCAAAGGGGUGGAGAAAAUGGGAGACAUUUUCAUAAAGGAACAAGAAGGUCGACAAGUAUUUAUCCAGCAGAUAAUGAUGCAGCUGCUAAAUUGAAGCUUACAGCCGAUGAAAAACGUCAUUUAUAUAUCUCAGAAGUUGAGCUCCAUUCUCAUGACUCAGAGAUUCCCCUAUGGGCGAAGUCUGAGGUACUCAUCUAGCUUGUUACUUCCUUCUAGAACCCUUAUGAUCCACUGCACUUCAGUUGGCUGUUGGCCCAAUCUCUUGUCUCCCAUUUUCUGAUUCUGUGGAUUCCCCUGACAGAUUUACUUUCAAGCUAUGGUGGAUGAUGGCGUCGAAGUAGAUCCCGGAAGUCUUUCAGGUGGGGAGACCGAGAUAGAAAGGAUUCCAACUCGCACAGUUGAAGCAAGGUCGAAGGAUCUCAUACCUGUCUUUGACUAUCUUCAACUUCCCAAGUUGCAACAACAACCAAGGUGCCCACUGUCUCCGAGAUCGAUCAAUAUCUUCAUUAGUAGAUAAUUAUGACCUUUAUUGGUAAAUUUCCAUCUUCUAGGGAUUCAUUUUAUUCUCAUACAAAUUUGCAUCUUUACUGUUCGUUGUUAAGAAAAUCGAAGCCUUAUUACUUUUUGAGGAAAGAUGUUUGUUUCGUCUGCUCAUCUCUACUCAUCCUAUGAGAUUGAUGCCUCUGUCUCAAAAAGUAACCAUCUGUGAUCGUAAUUUCUUUCAGUUUCUGCUCGCGCCAUUCGAGCAAAACCUCCUAAACUAUGAGUUUGCUGAUCAUCUUGAUCUGAGGAAAGAAAUUUUAACCGGAGUAGUAUCAUCUCUGUGCACUUUUCUCAUUUCCUGUUGGCUUAUUGCGAUCCGUAGCCAUGAUCAAGAAAGAACGGGAGAUGGUAUAACAAGAACAACAAGAACAACAACACCAGCACCGGAGAAUAUAAAUCUGAAGAGGAACUGUUGUAGGGAAGAAACUGAAGAAAAAGAGGCGAUAGCUGUUUCAUCAGCCAACAAUAAGAUUAUUUUCAUUUAGGGUAAAAAAAAAAAAGGACAACAGAACAGGUCUAUAUAUAUAUAUAUAGAUAUAUACUGUUUUUUUGGUUGAAACGUGGUUGGAUCUUUGAUGGGUAUCACAUAUGAUUUGUUCUUUGAUUCUCUGUCAAUCCAUGCUUGAUCUCUCUGAAGAUUAAAAACCUUCUCAGGUCAAAUGCCUGGGAAAGCUGCGAAAACAGCUGCAGCCCUCUGCAGUGCAGGUCUGAAGGGGUGGCAGGUCUAGACCAGUUGAUCACCCUCGAUCUCGCCGGUCUUCAUCCUCUGGAGGAGGAGGGCGCAGACCGAGUUGAGCGCCUUGUAAAUAACAACAACAGCUCCGAACUAGAGGCUCUGCUUGAGUUUGUAAAUAAUGGAGAUGGCCUGAAUACGGGUCCCCAGCUCGAGCCUGUAAAUAACAGAGAGAGCCCAAAGAUGAUGACCUAUUUUGCCGACGAUGACAACGAGAUAGACUGA